AUGUCCAGCAUGAUGGCACUUUUGUUUCCCAGAUGGCUCCGGCCAAACAGACUAAUCCUCUUCGCUGUCCUUUUAAGUCUCGGGUAUGCCGCGUAUCGUUGUCCUAUGCGGGAGUGCUCCGCAUGUCUCCCAGCAGUAGUGCAUGACGCGCCUGGAGUAGGAUUCGACCUCACCAUCUCAUAUGGCACCUCGGCCGUGCACAUGUACGGCGGCUCUAUAGUGGAUAUAGCCAAAGUGCCUGCAAACCCGGACUACAUAGAACUUAUGCUCCGUCUUGCUCACGCCCCACCGCCGCCUCCACAAAGCAAAUAUCAAAGAUACCUUCGCUGGUUUAACAAGAAGCUCGGCUACCCCUCUACCCCCGACGUAGGUAUCCUGAGCAGCUUGAUCGCCGAUCUAUAUAAAGCAACCCAGUCUGCACUCCCUGCAUACCCUAUGGACAGAGUAGUCGUCACUACGCCUCUCUUACCUGCCCUAACUUCAGAGGAUCUUAACGAUGCUAUCGAGUAUGCAGGACUGCGCUCGUGGCUUGCCUACUCAUUCCCAUAUCCCAAGAUCCUCUCAGAAUCCAGAGCCGUAUUUGCGGCUAAUGGCAACGGCCUUUGUAAAACUUAUAAGUAUUUGUAUGAGUGCCAGGACGAGGAGCAGAGGAUGCCGGGGCAUUCAGUUUACACCAUAACGUUCACCCGCCAAGCCUUAUACACCACCCUCGACACCUUCAGGUCCGCCUUCAAAUAUACAUCAGAUACCGAGAUCUACCUUAUGGAUUUCAACUCCGGUCUCGACAGCCUCCCCACCUACACCAGCCCCUCAGAUUUCUGGACACCCAUUACCAAGCUCCUCCUGGCAGGCGAAAGUGCCACAGAUGCCAAGUUCCUAGAUGUCCUGAGGGACUCGCUGGCUGAGCUUGUUGGGCCGUCUGCCGAGACGACACUUGCUGCUGAUCUGGAUGCAAAUAAGCUUGCAGAUCCGGUGUUUGCGGCCGCAAGGGGCGCCGCGCUGUAUGCGAGGCGGAGGCAGGAGACGCCUCAAGGUUGUGCUGAGCACGAACGGUGUGAGGCGGAGAGGCAGUGGGAGAGGGAGCGGGGAGCUGGUGGGAGGGAGGAACUGAGAUAG